AACGUUUGCAACAUACGGCUAAUAAUUAAAACAGAUGAACAAAGGCAAGGGAUUUGUUUACAAAUAUUGAACUUUAUCUAGAGGUGACAGGUCGACGGGUCGACAGAUAUAGCGUCGUAAUAUAAUCUGUGUACGUAAAAACAUUCAUGUUAUAAAGUCGCGCCUUGAUCAAAUUAGGUUUUAAAAUAUUUUAGCGGUCAUCGAACUAUGUAAUACAUUCUUUUAAAGUCAGACACGAAUCUAAUCGAUGAUUAAUGAAAAUAAUAUACUUUUGUUAUUUGAUUGAUGCUCCGAAAAUAACGUAAAUUGUUCUUGCGACAGACGUGACGUCACUGGACACUUUUGUUUGCCUAUAUUGUCGUAUUUUCAGUAGUUCUCCUACGGAGACUAUCAAACCGUUUGAGUCACGUGAGUUUUUUGGAUUUCAGUUUUGUUAUUUAUCAUGUUUUAUAAUCGGUACAAAAUAAUUUAUUCAAAUUAAACUUAUAACAAAUGCUUAUUGACGAUCAGUUACAUUGGGCAGCGCCCCGAUUGUCCGACGCUACACCACUCCCUAAAUGCUCUUGGUGUAAAGUGUUGGUUUAUAUCAAUAGAAGUCAGUACUCCAUACUCAAUUAUUUAUUGCAUUCAAUAUGUUAAGUACAAGAGUGGUAAAAAGUCUUUAAACGUCGUUAAACUCCGUCUUCUCAAUUUGUAAUCAAGUUCGUCAAUCAAUCAACGCAGAGUUUUUGCAUUGAUUGUCUACUAUCGCAGUUCAUUCUUAACAGAUCAUUUUUAUAUAAAUAAUCGCAGACUACAAAACUCAAUAAUCUUAAGAAACAGUUAUGUAUAGUUUUGCGUGUUUCAGCUGAGUAUCAAAAUUGGCAACGCGAGCACAGCCUCAAUACAUUUCGGCGUGAUAUCAAAUUAUCGCUGAAUCAGAACUAUUAUGCACAUGCGAUGCUAGCGGUGAUGCAACAACUUAACGUGUACCGACACUUUACUUGAAGAACUUAAACUGUAGUUUUGUGUUAUUGAUUUCUCUGCAUACAAAAAAAGGAAAUUUGAUUUUAUAGACUUUUUUGAUAGACUGACUUCCGAAACUGGUUUCGGUCCUAACGAGCGUAUAUAUUUUGGGGUUUUAUCGGUUCCAGAACUCGAUGACAAUUCGAUUAUAAUAGAACUCGAUUCUUUAAGGAGCAAGCCUACUAGACAACUACCCUAUGAGUCACCGGGAAGGGAAUCCAGGAUAUCCACGUGACAACAAACAGUGGAAUUGGACAAAACGCAUUUCCAAAUUUCAAAUUAUGGAAAACUUUGCAGGCGACGGCAGUAAUAGCAGUGAAGCCUCGUCAUCCGGCUUUGGGACUUUUGGACGAACUCCUAUCCAAGAACACAAGGAAAUUGAAGAAAUAGCCGAAGAUUUGGAGAACCAGCACGUCCAACAAGUCAUGGGUAUCAAGAAUUUCGGUAAAAAGGCGAAAAACUUUGACCUUGACCAAUUAGUCGAACAGGCAAAGAUAAAUGCGCAGGAAGCCAAUAAAAAAAGGUUAGAGGCUGAAGCGGCCUCCUUGAAAGAAGCAGAGAAUAAAGAAGCUGAAAGUGAUGACGACCUUAUAGGCCCACCAUUGCCUCCUGGGCUGUCACAAGAUGAUGAGGAUGAAAUUGGACCUCCAAUCCCUCCAGAAAUCUUAAAUAAAAUAAGUGGAAAAGACAGUAAAACUAAAAAGGGGGACAAUAAGGAUGGUGAUGAUAGUUAUGAUGACUUGAGUGGAUCUGAUGAUGAGGAGCUUCCAUUAGAAAAGAGAAUACCAAAUAGUCAUGAGGUGGAAAUGCUCCAUGGCACUAAAGCUGUAGUGGCUCUGGCAGUUGACCCAUCCGGUGCUCGGCUUGCAACAGGAUCCAUUGAUUAUGAUGUAUCCUUCUGGGACUUUGCAGGUAUGGACUCGUCAAUGCGAUCCUUCCGUACUCUCCAGCCGUGUGAGAACCACCCUAUCAAGGCCCUCCAGUACUCCACCACAGGAGACUCUAUCCUGGUGGUCAGCGGAGCCGCCCAAGCUAAGGUGCUCGACAGAGAUGGGUUUGAAGUACUCGAGUGUGUGAAAGGAGACCAAUACAUCAAUGACAUGGCAAAAACAAAAGGUCACACAGCAGCUCUGAACAGUGGCUGCUGGCAUCCUCACAUCAGAGACGAGUUCAUGACUUGCUCCCAAGAUGGAACCCUCCGCCUCUGGCUCACGGAGAACCCUAAACAACACAAGGCCGUCAUCAAGCCGCGCCAGCAAGGAGGCCUCAAGACCAACCCCACAGCCUGCACCUUCUCUAGGGAUGGCAACACUGUCGCCUGCGGGUGUUACGACGGCUCCAUACAAAUGUGGGACCACAGGAAAAACUUCGUCAACACUACAGCUUGCUUGAGAGAUGGACAUCAGAGACAGUCGGAAAUCUCCAGCAUAUCGUACUCUUACCUCGGGUCCUACCUAGCAAGUAGAGGAAACGAUGACACCCUCAAAUUAUGGGACUUACGAAACUUCAAGAAACCUCUAAAUGUCUUUGGAAACCUAUUUUCGAGGUAUGAACAAACUGACUGCGCGUUCAGUCCAGACGACACUUUAGUAUUCACUGGCGAGUCGUUACAAAGAGGCCAAGACACCGGUAGGUUGAUAUUCUAUAACACAAAAACAUUCGAACAAGUUAGCCAUAUAGAUGUGACCAAAUCUCAUGUUAUAAAGGGCAUUUGGCACGCGAAGUUAAACCAAAUCUUCGUUGGAUGCGGAAAUGGGGUCGUCAAGUGCUAUUUCGACCAGAAAAAGAGUCUGAGAGGCGCGAAGCUGUGUAUAGUCAAAACUCACAGGAAGAAGCACUCAGUAGAAGUGGUCAGCGCACAGCAGAUCAUAACUCCUCACGCUUUACCACUAUUCAGGCAAGAGAAGUUAAGAACGAGCAAGAAGAAGAUGGAGAAAGAUAGACUGGAUCCAGUCAAGUCUCAUAGACCUGACCUUCCGAUUACAUCUGGACAGGGUGGAAGGGUAGCAGCUUCUGGAAGCACACUAAGCUCCUUCGUUAUUAGGAACCUUGGUUUAAGUAAGAGAGUAGAUGAUGAACAGGAUCCAAGGGAGGCUAUCCUGAAGUAUGCAAAGGAAGCAGAAGAGAAUCCGUUCUGGGUCGCUCCUGCGUACAAGAAGACACAGCCGCAGCCUAUUUUCCAGAAUGGGGCAGAGGAAGAAGGGCCUUCUGAUCCUAAGAAGCCAAAGACAUCAUAGAGAAGUACAGAAACUAUACUUACCACUCUUUAUUCCCCAGCCAGUGAUACCAGAACUGCAACUAUGUUAAUGAUGUUUUAAUACAAAUGUCAAUGCAAAUUGAACCUUAAGAUCACAAGUUUAAAUUCUGAAUGGUACCCUAUAACCAGGCGAACCAUAUAGCUUUUUCACGAUUAACGUGAACUACCCACCGUAUUCAACUCCGUGUUUAAAAAUCCGAACUGUUUUUUAAUAUAAUCCCUCCAAAUUGCUAAUUGAGACAAACAAUAUCGUAUGAAGCGAAACUGGUGUCAUCUUGACAUAAAGAGCAAUUUUCUGAAAUUUUCGGUGAGCGCGGUAUUAUUUUCCCUCAAUGACAACAGCUACACUGUCUGUUCAAACUGACGAUUCAAAUGGUACUAUUCAAAAGACAGUAAUUAUUCAAAUAUGUAGAUAAAAUGAGUGGUGCCAAGAAACAAGUUGAAAGUACAAUAAAGUACUUUACUAAAGGUUUUCUAAUUCUCUGACAAAACCGGUAGAAAAUCGAUAAAAUAAGAAAUAAUAUUUAAAUAUCUAUCAUAGAUUUUUGUAAAUAAAUGAAAAAUAAGUGUA